ACUGCUGCGAGCGCUAGUGGCGUGUUGAUAACAGCACUUAUCAGUGAUUAUACGUUCCGAUUAUAUUUUAGUUUUGAAAUUGUUUGUGUUGUUUUGUUUUAUCGUUUGCAUUUAAUCGUGUAACUUGGUAAUACUCUUAUAAUUAUUUAGACGUGUGUUACUUGGUUUUUUUUUUUCAUAUUUGUUUAUACAAAAAAAAGUGAAACAAGUGACUUUAAAAUAUGGAUAAUAAUAGUGAUGUUAGAGAUACGUUCGAAGGUAAAAUAAAGCUAAGUGAAGAGUUUACGGAAAAUUUACAAAAAUCAAUACAGGAUAUCAUAAAAAGAGAAGAAUAUAUAUCACACAGUAUAGAUGUCAGAAAAUUGUCAACAGGCGGUAACAACUUUUUAGGUGAACUGUACGAAAUAGAUGUAAAAGGAAAAACAAAAGAUGGUGAAAAAGAAACCAAUAUAUUUUUGAAACGCAUCAUUCAUAACGAUGAUUUCAAAGUAUAUUCAAUACCAGAAGUAUACAAGAAAGAGGCUUUCGUUUACAAGGAACUCGGGAAAAUAUUUAAUGAAUUACAAGAAAACGCUAAUAUACCAAACGAUGAUAGAUUUAAAAUGGUCAAAAGUUACGAUGAAACGAGCGGUGAAGUUAUAAUUCUUGAAAAUUUGGCUCGAAAAGGAUUCAAAAUAAUGCCUAGAAUGGAUGUUAUGACAAUAGAAUUUGCAAAGUUAUCAAUAGAACAACUGGCUAAAUUCCACGCUCUAUCUUUUGUGUUGCAAAAAAUGAAAAAAGAAUACUUCGACACAAGAAUUAAAUCAAUCAAACAAUCAUUUGUUUAUGAUGAUUAUUGGAAUGAAUUUGUCAAGAACAUGUAUGAAGUAUCCACUUCAAAGUUAGAUGAGGUGACGAAAGCGAGGAUAAAGAGAUUCUUCGAUACUUCACUAGAUAAAUAUCCGAAAUAUAUGAAUGGAUUGAGCUCAAACAUUAAAUGUUUGUGUCAUGGCGAUUUUAAGAUGAAUAACGUUUUGAUGAAAGAAAAGGACGGAAGAGUUAUAGAGGUGAUAGCAAUCGACUACCAGCAAAUAUACUUCGGAUGCCCGGUCAUCGAUCUCAUAUACUUUAUCUAUGCAGCGAGCGACCGAGACUUCAGGAAACAACACUUAAGCUAUCUCAAAGAUCGCUACUACGAGACAUUAACGAGCUUUCUUAACUACUUCUCCAUUGGUAUAAGUACAGUGUACCCAAGGGAGGAAUUCGAGGAAUGUUUUCGAAAUAGUUUAGACUACGCACUAAUGUAUACACUGUACAUGUUGCCAAUGUUUUUCUUGUGUGAUGAUGUACCAGAUUUGAGUAAAGAUGAGUUGCUGGAGAUGAACAUUAGUGUUGAUAAAAGGUUCUAUGAUAGAAUGCAAGGAAUUAUUAAUGAUUUCAUUGAAUUGGGGGUUAUAUAAGUUUAGAAACAGAACUUACGGUGGAAGACCGAGAUGGUUAACAUUCAAACCAUUUAAACAGGAGGAGAAUACUUUAGGAUACAGAUAAUCUGUUAAAAUAAAUUAUUUUAAUUAAUA